AUGUGGUUACUGUGCCAAUAUGGCAGAACUCAUGCAUUGUUUCACGCUGUAAGAAUUGGUAAUUUUAUCAAUUCUGAAGUUGUGGAACGUUUGCUUGAGGAAGGUGCACAGAUCAGCCGAUACUUUGCCCAACGAAUGGUACUCGGUUUUGGGAAGUUUGAUAAAACUCUUAUUGAUCUUAAACAAAGUCACAAUGUAGUGACUCACUACAGGAGUGGAAAUUUGUGGGCAAGUAAUCUUCCCAUCAAUGUUUAUACUCAACUCCUUCGCAAGGCAUAUGAAAGAUUUGAAGGAAAUAGCAUGCCUAUACGCGGAAAUGAUAUGGAAUAUUUCUACUACCUCUCAGCUGGACCUUUGGUGAUCAGUCAAGCAAGAAAAAAAUUAGAGGAAAACUUGGCUGAAAUCAGGAUGUUGAUUCUAGUCUACAAAUUUGCCCCAUUUCCUCCCAGACCAAGAAUCAGAAAACAUAUUUUUGAGAGUACAGAGUCACGUCAAGAAAAUUAUCCACCGUCAGACGGUUACGAAAAUGUGCGUCAGUUAAAUGUCAUUGCACGGGCUAUACUAAUUCAUCCCGAAUUAGUUAAUGACUGGAAGGAAAUUGGCUAUUAUGAAAUAGUCACUGAUGUAAAUGAUUUGGUUAUGCAAGGCUCUCUGCUUAUUCUUUACCCACCUGUCCCAGCAAAAGACUGGGUGAAACCAGAUUUGGAUCAAGUCAUUAACAAGUUAAAUGAGCUUCAAUCUUAUGGAUUUAAACUUACAGAUGAGCUGAUUGGAGAUGCCCUGCUUUUGUUUGAAAAUAGGUUAAAAGAUGUUGGUGAAACACUUAUCACUGCAUUUGCUACUGUUCGUGAUAUGUCAGAGGAAAAUAUAUUCAAUAUUUGUCUAACAGAAUUAUUGGACCCAGAAAGGAAUCUUGCACAAGAUAAUUCGCUUGAUUUUGUAAUCAAUCAGAUUGAUAACCCUGACAAGGCAAUUAUUUUAGCUUUUGAAAAGUACAGUAAGAUAAAUCUCACGGAGGUAAAAAAUCCAACCAGGAGUAAGCAGCUUCCUCAACUUUCUUACUCAGCUGUAGUAACUCAAUAUCUUGUGGGUAAGUUUGGAGCUGAUUCUCAAAUCUCUAGUUGUUUGACAACUGGCUCAAUUGUCAGCAUUUGA